AUGUUGCUUUUAUAUUUUAGCAGUGCACCCUCCUCCGUCUACUUCAGUUUAACAGCGUCCCGCUAUGACAAUGUGCUUGACAUCAAAACUACGAUUCAGAAAGGCCAAAUUAUACCCGACCUUACAUCCACUGACCACCUAAAUCUAAUUUUCAAUGGAAAACCACUUGAAGAUCACCGCGACCUUAAAUUCUAUGGUAUCAGUUCAAACUCAACCGUUCAGUACACUCUCGACCAUGCUCACUACAAACAGUUAAUUGCCAAAAGAAGCCCUAUUGAACCGCAAACACACAGUUGGCCUCCAUCGUCAUCACAAACCAACUUCAGUCUUGACCAAAACGACGAGGACCGCCAUGAUUCUGAGGAUGUGGAGUCUUGGUUUAGUUAUGAUGAAUAUAAUGCUUAUGGAGAAGAAGCAUCCAAUGGCAGUCGUGGAUGA